AUGCCAAAAGUUGAUGGCCCGAUAGUGGAAGGCAUUUUUGCGAUUAACAAGCCAUCCUCUCUAUCUUCUGCAGACGUGAUACGCAGACUGCAGCGGGUCUUCAAUCCCUCUAAGCUAUUCGCGCCAUGGAUGGGAGCUGAGGAGACAAAACGAUCAUCGGAAAAGAAGCAUCGUGGACGAACCCGCAGCAAGCGUGUUCAGGUCAAAAUCGGUCAUGGCGGGACAUUAGACCCGAUGGCGACAGGAGUUCUGAUAUUGGGUAUCGGCAAAGGGACAAAACAAUUGCAGAAAUUCCUUGAAUGUACAAAGACGUAUGAGGCUACUGUACUGUUUGGGGCAGCUACUGAUACCUACGACAUACUUGGGAAGGUCUUGAAGCGGGCGCCGUAUGAGCAAGUGACACAAGCAAAAGUAGAGAAGGCGUUGGAGACUUUUAGGGGCAAAAUCAUGCAGAGGCCACCCAUCUACUCAGCGCUGAGGAUGGAUGGAAAGAGGCUGUAUGAGUACGCUAGAGAAGGAAAAGAGAUUCCUAGACAGAUUGAAGAGAGACCCGUAGAGGUCAAGAACCUUGCCAUGGUCGAGUGGAUGGACGCUGGUAGUCAUCAAUAUACCGUGCUGGAAGAAGAAGCUGAAGGCGAAAUCAAGGAAAUCGCGGAGACAGUUUUGCAUCUUGAGAAGAACCUGGCAUCGUCGGAGGCAGAGAACAGAGAUACUGAGGGGAACGGCGAUUCGCAUGGCUUGAAAAGACGACGGUCACCUGACGAUGCUGCAGACGAGGCACUCGAGAACAAGAGGCCUGCUCUUUCGCGGGACGCUACAGAUCCGAGUACUUUGACGUCUGGCGCACUUGCUCAACGAGGAGAUAAUACGAGUGGUGAAGUUGAACCAUCAAGGAUGCCCAAGAGCGGUCCACCGGCGGUCAAGCUCCGCAUGACUGUGACCUCUGGCUUUUACGUCCGUUCGCUUGCUCAUGACCUGGGAGAAACAAUUGGCUCUCUAGCGUGCAUGAGCUCGCUUGUACGGACGAAGCAGGCAGAUCAUGAGUUAGGAAAGAACGUAUUGGAGUUUGAAGACAUUGAGGAGGCGGAAGAUGUUUGGGCUCCAAAAGUGAAGAAGUUGCUCGAAGAAGUCAAUGAUCCGGGCUGA